AUGAGUAUUCGACUUGAAAUAAUUUCAACAAUAUCAAUAAAUUCAAACGAAAUGUCUUAUCAUGUUGAUGAUGAAUUGAAUGCUAUAGUUAUUGACAAUGGUUCUGGUAUGGUCAAAGCUGGCUUUUGUGGUGAAGAUGCACCACGUGCUGUCUUUCCAGCUGUAGUUGGUCGACCACAUUAUACUGCCAUUAUGCCUGGAAUGGGUAAUAAAGAUUCUUAUAUUGGAGAUGAAGCAUUAGCGAAAAAAGGUAUUUUAACGAUUCGCUAUCCUAUUGAACAUGGUAUUGUUACUAAUUGGGAUGACAUGGAAAAAAUUUGGCAUCAUACAUUUUAUAAUGAACUUCGUGUUGCACCAGAAGAACAUCCUGUUUUACUUACUGAAGCACCAUUGAAUCCAAAAGCUAAUCGUGAAAAAAUGACACAAAUUCUUUUUGAACAAUUUAAUACACCUGGUAAUAUUCUCUCAAUUUAUUCU